CGCGCUGACCAGUAACUUUCAGUCUUCAGUCGCGCUUGAUGUUAAUCGCCGGUUACCACGCGUGCCAAGUGAUCGUCUAAGAAGACGUUGCGUUGUGUAGUAAUAAUUGCUCGUUCAUCUAACGUCUAACUGUGGAUAUUUCGAAGAACGUUGUGUUAUACAUCUGUAUCAAUUGAUUUUUUAUUCACCAAAUUAUCAGUAUUCCAAGAACUUGUUUAAUUUUCGGAAAGAGAGAGAGAGAGAGAGAAAUGGUGACGUUAAAUCCGGAUCUUCGGCGAGAACGCGAAAGAUGUACAUUCGAUCCUACGGAACUCACGCAUUUUUGGGAUGGCGGUCUGGAGAAGACGUCGCAGCGGCACGAGUUGGAAAAUUUCUUUCUGAGCGACCCGCUCUUGCAGGACAAAAUACCCGCAAAAUACAAGAGUCACAAAGAAAUUUAUGAGGAAGCGAUAAUGAAAGGAUGUCGAGUAAUACAAAAAGUGCAACAACUACACGAGUCGGGAAAAGGAGGCAUGAACGUUUUCUCACAAAUUUUAGGUGGUAUGUUAGGCUCGGCGAUACUAAAAGAUGGUAAUCCAAUUACACUACAUUAUGUAAUGUUUAUACCGACUAUCAUGGGACAGGGUACUGUAGAACAGCAGAGUUACUGGAUAUCCCGAGCUUGGAGUUGCAACAUCAUUGGUACUUAUGCUCAGACGGAACUUGGCCAUGGCACGUUUAUCAGAGGUUUGGAAACUACAGCGACUUACGAUCCAGAAACCAAAGAAUUUGUAUUGAAUAGUCCGAGCUUGUCUUCCUAUAAAUGGUGGCCUGGCGGUUUGGGUCAGACGGCGAAUUAUGCAAUUGUCGUGGCGCAAUUACACACAAAAGGAGAGUGUAGAGGUAUCCAUCCCUUUAUUGUACAACUCAGAGAUGAAAACACUCACGAACCUUUACCAGGCAUAAAUAUCGGUGAAAUCGGCACCAAGUUAGGAAUGAACGCAACUAAUAAUGGUUUUCUCGGUUUCGACAACGUUAGAAUACCACGCGACAAUAUGCUGAUGAAAAACUCUCAAGUGCUGGAAGACGGUACCUAUGUGAAAGCACCUAGUGAUAAACUCACCUACGGUACAAUGAUGUUUGUUCGGGUGGUAUUAGUACGUGAUGUCGCAAACUAUUUGGCAAAAGCGGUAACGAUAGCUAUUAGAUAUAGCGCAGUGAGACGACAAAGUCAAAUAAAAGCCAAUGAGCCGGAAGCGCAAAUUAUAGAUUACGUUACUCAGCAAUAUAAGUUGUUUCCCAAUCUUGCUGCGUGUUUUGCUUUUCGAAUGUCUGCUGACUGGAUUUGGGAAAUGUAUAAUAAUGUAACAAGUGAAUUAGAUCAAGGGGAAUUAGAAAGACUUCCUGAGUUGCAUGCACUAUCGUGCUGUCUAAAAGCAGUUGCAACAUCAGACGGAGCUACUGGAAUCGAGCAGUUACGAUUAUCGUGUGGCGGGCAUGGUUAUAUGGAUGCCAGUAACUUGCCGGCAACUUACGGUUUAGUAACUGCUACUUGCACUUAUGAAGGAGAAAACACAGUUCUACUAUUGCAAACGGCUAGAUAUCUAGUGAAAGCUUGGAAACAGGCUGUUGGCGGUCAAGCAUUGCCGCCAACGGUAGCUUAUUUGGUCGAUCUUUCACGCGGAUUGAAGCAACGUCCUUGGAAAAAUACUUUAACAUGUAUCAUACAAGCACAUCAGGCAGUUGCAGCUGGCAAAAUUCGCUUGGCAACGGAAAACAUGGAUCGCAGGAUACGCAGCGGUAUGUCACCAGAAGACGCGUGGAAUCAAACCAGCAUUGAAUUAGUUCAUUGUGCAGAGGCCCAUUGCCGAGUUUUUCUCGUAAUGAGAUUCAUUGAGAAUAUUAAAGAACUGACAAAUGUGUCCAAUCAGUUGCGUGAAGUUUUAAUGCAACUUUGCGAAUUAUAUGCAUUAUAUUGGGUUUUACAACGGCUUGGAGACUUUUUACGAUUUUCUUGUCUAAGUAAUGAAGACAUUCCGGCGCUUCAAGCUCGCUUUGAAGAGAUGCUCGCUGCAAUCCGUCCCAAUGCCGUCGGUAUCGUCGAUGGAUUUGACAUCCGCGACGAAAUUCUCGCAUCCGCGCUCGGUGCGUACGACGGCAAUGUAUAUCAACGUCUUUUUGACGAAGCGAUGAAGAGCCCCCUUAAUCAGGAGAGGGUAAAUAAGUCCUUCCAUAAAUAUCUAAAACCUUUUCUUAAAAGUAAUUUAUAGUUAUUUAUAAUGUGCUUAUUGCAAAUCAGAGCACAACUUGUUAUUUUACCAUAAUAAUUAUUUUAUUAUCAUAGAUAAUCUUAAUCUACGUAUUAGUAAAAAGAGUAAACAAGACAAAAUGCUAAAUUUUCUAACAAAACAAGUGAUAAGCAUUGUUUGGUAUCUUAAUUGUAUACAAAAUGAGUUUUUACCUUUUAAAUAUAAAAUGCGUUAGUAUGAUGAAGCAAAUUAACUGUUUCGCACAAUAUAAAUAAAACAGUAUAGUAUUUGCAUAGUAAUAACCGUAUAUGUCUUAUUUUUACAAAGACAGAAAACCUCUUCUUUAAACUUGAGAUAAGUUUUUUUAAACUAUUUAAAAACCGUGUAAACACACACACAAAAUAUAUAUGUAUAAUUUACAUUUGUAAUUUACUAAAUCAUUCGACAUUCGCAUUAUUAUUCCAGAUAAAAUAUUUUAUACGUUUACAAAAUUAUAUAAAAAAUCAAUAUUUUUGAUAGUGAUAUUUUAUAAAAUAGAUUGCGUGAUGUAAAUAAAGACAUGUUAUGUAUUUGCAAAUCGUGAUAUACUAUAUCGUGGAAUAUGUUAGUACAAGGGUCAGCACUGCUCGCGGACGCCUGUGGGCAAACUAUGUUGCAAGCAAUAAAUAGAGAGAGGGGAUAAGUCACUUAAGCGUAAUAAAAAGUAAAUAUGUAACACACACACACACAAAUAAUGUGUGUAUGCGUUUUGUGUGCGUGCAUGUGCACGCAUAUAUAUUAAAAAGAUACACAUGUACAUAGACAUAUAAAUGUAUGUACAUAUAUAUAUGUAUAUAUAUAUACAAUAUAUAUAUAUAGACUAAAUAAAAAUAGCGAUCGACAAUGCAACGAUGCAAAAAAAGUGCACGAUGUCAAUGCGACGCUAAAUGAUGCGUGAAGUAAGAUGCCCAUUUUACAAUGAGUUGCAAAUGUUUCGUCCAGUUGCGAAAGAUGACUACUACUUAAAAAAAAGUGCUAUUUCCCCGGUUGCAGUUGCCAAAAGUUAAAAGUUGACCAAUUUUCUUUUGGCAACCGCAACGGCCAAGCGCAACUAAAAAUAGCAUUUUUCUCCUGGUAGUUGCUAUCUUUUUAUUGUAGAAUGGCCUUCAGCCGUAUACAAAAUAUAUACAAUAUAUUACGUACGUAACAUUGUAUACACGAGAUAUACGCGAUUAAAAUCAAACAAACGUAUUGCGCGACGCGCGUAAGUUAUCGUCAUACGCGAAGUUAGUUAGAUCUGUAAGUGUCGCAAGUACUCGGUACUCCGCAAUUUCUAGUCUAUAUAUAUAUAUAGGGUGUCUCAUGAAGACCUUAUCACCGCUAUAUAUAUAUAAAUUUUAUUUUACAUACAUAUAUGUAUGUACAUAUAUAUAUUAUAUAUGUACAUAUAUAUAUUAUUUUUUUAAUUUUUAAAACCAAUGUUCUCAAAAUCAAACUACUUAUUUUUUUCUUUCUGCCUUUCACAAAAUAUUAGGAAUAGGAAUAAAUAUUAAAUAAGAAAUUUAAAUUAGAGUUUUUUACAAAACAAGAAAAUAGAAUAAACUAAUGCAUCAUAAAUUACAAAAUAAGAAUUUGGAAUAAUUAAUCUAUUCCGUUCUCUUGUUUAAUGUAACGUUAUUUCAAAUUCCUUUUCGGCGCUCGCGGGCGCCCGCGCCCACUUUCAAGCAUUUUGCCGACCCCUGCGUUAGUAUUAUAAAAAAAUUUUAAUCUUUAUAAUUAAACAGCUAAUCAUGUAUUUACUUUAGUUUAGAUAGAAUAUUUGAAUAUUGUGGUAAUUUGGUAUAUCUCUUCAUAUAUAUAUUG